AUGUCUUCGCAGGGUACAAUCGUGCAACUAACUGAAAACUUUAGGCUUAAUCCAGAUCUGGGAGAAUUCGUAUCAACAAUCUAUUCGAAAGCUUUUAGACCACAGAAGGUUCAAGCUCGACGGAUCGCUGUUGCCCUCAGCUCAAUAUCCCGAAUGGAAAAUCCUCAAGCCACCAAUGAAUAUGUUCAGAUUCUAAAUGCUGUUCAUGAUUUCCUUCUUGGGUUAUCGAAUGUCAUGCUGAAGCGACCUCAACGCUUACUUUCCCCUCCCCUCAUCACCAAUCAUAUAGUAAACUCACAUUCAAAUGACUUUCACUCAGCCAUGGAUGUCGUCCCUCACCCUUUGUCUCUUGCCUUGAUACAGUUACACACUGUCAGCAGGAAGCAUCGUGAAAAUGUCGGGUAUGAAUUACACGUCAAAGCUGAGGCAGCAGUAGCAUCUGCGCUUGUUGCAACAAUACAGGAAUAUUUACCAGGGGAAGAUAUAUUUGUAGCAACACCACAUCGCAUCCAGAGGCAAGCUGUCAAAGCGGCAUUGUCUUCCACAGUGACCGUGGAUACCGUGGAACGCUUGCAAGGUUCAGAAGCAGCAUUCGUCAUAUGCCUUUUUUCUCUCCCUCAGUCGCAUAUAGCUGACUUGCAUUUCUUGCUUGAGCGUCGAAGACUGAAUGUGGCAAUCAGCCGAGCAAAAUCAAUGUGUAUCUUAAUAUCAUCGGCCGAAGUACUUCGGCCUUCCGUUGGUGCACUCACCGAUGAAGAAACCGCCAAGGGCUACACAUUUUUACGAGCUUUCGCAGAUAGAGCAUGGUCUUCAAACCUUACCGUCGAUAUCGACGCGUUAUGA